AUGGCCCCCCCAAAACCAGUAUACAUCCUGUCGGCGACUCGCACUCCCGUGGGAGCUUUUCAAGGCUCCUUGAGCUCGCAGACGGCUAUUCAGCUUGGCGCCACCGCAAUCAAGGCUGCAGUGGAGCGAGCCGGCAUUAAGCCCGAGGACGUGCAAGAGGUGUUCUUUGGCAAUGUUCUCCAGGCCAACCUGGGUCAGAAUCCGGCCCGACAAUGCACAAUCUUCGCUGGUCUUCCCGAGUCCACUGAGGCAACGACGAUUAACAAGGUCUGCGCGUCGUCCAUCAAGGCCAUGUCCUUGGCUGCCGCGACCAUUCUGACCGGCGAGGCGGAUGUGGUCGUCGCUGGCGGAACAGAGAGCAUGUCGAACACCCCACAUUAUCUGCAGACUCUUCGAAACGGCGCCAAGUUCGGCGAUCAGACGCUCGUUGAUGGUGUGCUGAAGGAUGGCUUGACCGAUGUCUACAAGAAUGAGCAUAUGGGUCUGCAGGGUGAAGAGUGUGCAGAUGACCACGGAUUCAACAGAGAAGACCAGGAUGAAUAUGCGAUCAGGAGCUACAAGAAAGCGAUUGCCGCCGCCGAGAGUGGAUUUUUCAAGGAGGAGAUCACACCAGUGACGAUCAAGGGCACACGAGGCAAGCCGGAUACGGUGAUUGACCAAGACGACGAACCCAAAAAGUUCAACGAGGAAGGAACGAGAAAGCUGCGGUCCGCAUUCAAGAAGGACGGCACCGUGACAGCUGCCAACGCCUCGCCUCUAUCAGACGGAGCGGCAGCGACGGUGCUCGCAAGCGAAGAGUAUGUACAGAAGCAUGGCCUCAAACCCAUUGCCAAAAUCCUCGGCUGGGGCGACGCCGCUCAGAACCCAUCCAAAUUCACCACCGCACCUGCGCUUGCAGUGCCCAAGGCAUUGAAGCACGCGGGCAUUAAGCAGGAAGACGUGGAUGCAUUUGAAAUCAACGAGGCCUUCUCCGUUGUUGCAUUGGCCAACAUGAAAUUGCUGGGCGUGACGGAAGACAAGGUGAAUCUGCACGGUGGUGCGGUCGCAUUGGGUCAUCCACUUGGUGCCUCUGGGGCUCGGAUUGUGUCGACUUUACUCGGAGUCUUGCGCGAGAAGAAGGGCAAGGUUGGUGUUGCUGGCAUCUGCAAUGGUGGUGGUGGUGCUUCUGCGAUUGUGAUCGAGAGGCUGGAUGUGUAA